CUUUGAUCAUCUCGAGCGAGCGACCCAGUGAUCACACCUCUACCAAGCUCAGCUACACGCCAUACUCUACGAGCUCGACAAUGCCAAUAUCAUGACGGAUCCUCUUACGAGCACGGAGGGGAACGGCCAGCAGACAAGCACACUCAAACUCGUCCUAGCCAUUGCUUGCCUGGUAUGGUAUGGUGUGCUCUGGUUUCUUGGGCUGCUAGGUUGCUUCAAUGCUCGCAAGCGGUACAGGCUCCGCCCACGUUCACCCCUCGCAUCAGCUCCUGCUUCAUCAGUACCUGGGGUUUCCAUCAUCAGACCUUUAAAAGGUCUCGACGUAAAUUUAUACGAGAAUCUGGAGUCCACUUUUUGCCAGGAAUAUGCCAAGUAUGAAAUAUUCCUCUGCGUUGGGGAUGACCAAGACCAGGCGUUGCCCAUAGUGCGAGAGCUAAUUGCAAAGCAUCCUGCUGUGAAUGCCCAUAUCAUCAUCGGUAUGGUUGCCCUAUAUGCUCCUUCUGUCAUAUAAUAACCUUAGUAUAGGAGAGGAGAACGUCGGAGUCAAUCCCAAAGUCAACAAUCUGACGCGGGCCUAUCGCGAAGCUGCAUACGAUAUUCUAUGGGUUAUCGAUUCCAACAUCUCGGUCGAUCCUGGUACACUAGCGCGAUCUGUAGAUGCCCUAGGUCCACCUCCCACUGCAUCGCCUUCGGGGAGACGACGGAUCGCAUUGGUCCACCAUGUACCGUUCGCUUUCAUGACGGAACCCAGUCUUGGUGCACGCAUUGAGGAAGCGUUUCUCAACACAAACCAUGCGAAGAUGUAUCUCGCCAUCAAUGCUGUCGCCGUGGAUUCCUGUGUAGUAGGAAAAUCAAAUCUUUACCGCAGGUCUGAUCUCGAACGCGUUGACGGCUCUCUGAAGCCUCAUACGGUCAAUGUCGCAGGCUCCCCUAGUGAAAGAGGACUCGCGGCGUUCGGCCGAUUCUUAGCUGAAGACAAUAUGAUUGCCAGCGCCUUAUGGCAUGAACUGGAUCUAAGGCACGACGUCUCAUGCGAUGUCGCUCGCAAUGCAGUUGGGAAUAUGUCCUUCUCUGACUACAUCUGGAGACGUGUCCGCUGGAUCAGGGUACGAAAGCACAUGGUCCUGGUCGCUACGCUAAUGGAGCCUCUCACGGAGUCGGUGCUAGUUGGGAUAUUGACAUCCAUUGCGUUGAAGUACCUCGUUGGACUUCCUCCCUGGAUAUUUCUUCCUCUACACUUCUCCGCGUGGUUGUUCGUAGACCUCGACGUGUACACUUCACUAGCUGGACAUCCCCUGCCAUCAGGCCGGGUUUGGUGGAGUUUCGUGGUGGCUUGGAUGCUCAGGGAAUGUCUGACUCUUCCUAUCUGGUUGGUGGCUAUUUGGGGCAACACAAUCGUGUGGCGUGGAAGGGAGUAUGUCAUCUUGCGAAAUGGUGAAGUUCAGAAGAGCGGACAUAAUGGGGGGCAUCCUGGCUGGCUCCAGUGGAAGUUUUGGCGGAAGAGGGACACAGUCAAUGACGGUUAUGAGCCUUUAGAGCUUUAGAACUUGUUCGGAAUUAGGUUCAUUCACUUUGCAAUAACUUAUUUUCAUCAUCCAUUUAAAUGCCGGCGGGAUUCCUCUUUUAGUAUAAAGACCGAAGCUUCUAGACAAUAAGCCAUAACACUGCUACUACGUG